CAAACGGCUGGUUGAACGUAGCCUAUAAAAUAAGUGGACGUUUGUCAAUAUGGACCCUUUACAGUUUCGACCAGUAGCGAUACAACCCUAAAUGCCUUUUUGUUUGAUGUUAUGUUUUUACAAUCUACAUGUGUGUGAAAAUCAAGAGGAGGAUGGAUGAGAACAUCACAGUAUUGCCAUGUAACAAUGCUCUGAAGCUGUAGAAAAACAACUGAGUUGACAAUGAUUUCUGAAAUAAUAAUAUUAUCCUCUCAUUUGGAGCCACUGCUCAAGAAAGCAUAUCGUAAUGAUGUAAUUAAUGCUAAAACAACACAGUUAUUCCAGGAGAAGCUAAAAGAUGAGGGAACAACACAUGUUCCUCCACAUUUUAAAGUUGGCACAGUCUUUUUUUUCUAUGUUAGACGUAAUGGUCUGUACUUCGUAGCUACUUCAACUAAUGAAAUGUCACCUGUUUGUGUCAUAGAGCUCUUGAGUAGGAUGUAUUACAUCUUUAAGGAUUUUUGUGGUGUUGUGAACGAAGAAUCUGUCAGACUUAAUAUUCUCCUUUUGCUUGAGGUUCUCAAUGAAAUUUUGGAUUCUGGUUACAUUCAGCUGGCUGUUACAGAGAAGAUAAAGCCAUACCUGACAUGUGAACCAGUUGUCAUGGAAACCAGCAAAUCUCGACAGGAUGAUGUAGCUGCCAGACUGUUUGGUAUUGAGAACAAAAAUGUUCCUUCGACUGCUGCAAACAAGACAGUGAUUCGUUCAAGCUCAGACCUUGAAAACAGAAAAAAUGAAAUAUUUGUUGACGUUGUUGAGAAACUCACUGCUGUUGUUGAGUCCAAUGGUACACCAAGUCAUUUAGAAAUAAUUGGUUCAGUAAAUAUGAAGAAUUUUGUCACUGGAAGUCCACAGAUUAAUAUUGCUCUGAAUGAAGAUCUUGUAGUGAACAAAGGACAAAUUAGAGGUUUUGGCCACAGUGUUCAGCUAGAUCACUGUAGUUUUCACCAGUGUGUCAGGCUAGAUGACUUUGAAAGCAAGAAAAUUCUAAAAGUUUAUCCUCCUGCUGGCGAGUUUUCUGUAAUGACAUAUACAGUGUCUGGAGACAUUCCCAUAAACUUGCCUAUCAGAAUCAUGACAUUUAUAUCGGAUAUCAAGGACAGCAGAGAUGUGGAUCUGACAAUGAGACUGCGUUGUGAAAUUCCUACCAGCUGCCAUGCUGUCUUCGUUACAGUGAAGUUCAAAGUUCCAAAAUCAGUAACCAGUAUUUCUCAGCACCUUAGCCACCCAGAACAAUAUGCAGAGCUAAACAAAGGUGACCAGUUCAUUCUGUGGAAGACUAGCAAACUGCGAGGAGGAACAGAAACAACAUCUCAGUUUAGGCUGAUUUCACAAACAGGAGACAUAAUAAACAAGAAAGAGUUGGGACCGGUUAUAGUAGACUUUGAAAUUUCUGCGUACUUGUGCACAGGAUUACAGAUCCGGUUUUUGAAAUGUUCUGAUCAAGAUCAGUCACAUGUACCAUGCAGAUGGGUGCGCUAUAUAACUGUUAAUGAUUCAUUUACUGUCAAACUGUAGUUAUGACUUUUGUAUGUUUUUGAACAUAGUGAAUUAACUUGUGCAAAAUGUCUUGUCUGAAUAACGAAUUAUGGAAAGUUGAACUUUCCACAUUUGUAAGAAUGAAAGCAUGAUCCCUUCAAUCCAAUCCCUGAAAAAUAAAUUUAGGUACUAAUGAAGUAAAAAAAAAAAAUACUAUUAGCAGGGAUGGAAUGCUAAAAGAUCACCAUUGAGUACAAAAUGUGUAAAUGUUCAGCAGGGAAUUGUUGAUCAAAUUGCACAGUGAUGUGGCAGCAAUUUUGCCGAUAUUGUUUUGCUAGCUAUUGGGGCACAUUGUAGUCUGGUGGUAGAAAACCUGCCUGAAGUGCAAUGGGUCACAGGAUCAAUCACCCUUGAUUGACUCUGGGGUCUUCCUCAUCCCAACUAGUUUCCAAAAAAAAAUGGUGCAUCAAAGGCCAUAGUAUGUACUGUCCUGACUAUGUGAGCAUGCAUAUAAAAUAUCCUUGCUGUGUUUGUGGUAGCUGCAGUAGCUGGUUUCCUAAUUCUUUCUCUUAACCAAGUGUUGAAAUGAUCAUGUGUUAGACACCAGCAAUAAUUUAAAAUGUACUGAGAACAUAUGAGUUUAUCAAAUCUAUUGUCUAGGAAAGUAAACUCACCACCUAAAACAGUGUCUUCUGUUUGAAGUUGCCGAUACUGUAGAUUAUGGUACAUGUUUUUUGAUAAACUGGUUUCCAAAGGUUUUUAAUUUCCUGAACUCUUUGGGGACACAGGAAUUGAGCUAUUUAUGACUUUGACAUUCCAAUUGUCUUCAGACUCUUAAUCACAAAAAUGACCCCCCACCCCCCAAAAUGGAUAUAUAUAUAUAUAUAUAUAUAUCACAAAAGUAACAUUUCUUAUACAAGCUACUGUGUGUCAAACAAUUGUAAUGGGCACAAUCCAGUUGCUGUUAUAAUGACCACUCUUUUCUAUUACUAGUAACUAAAUGUGGCUGUAAGCAGUUUUUUGCAGAUACACUAGUCAGAUUAGAUGAUUACGAUCGAGUGCAUUUUAGCCUUUUUUGUUAACAAAAUGUUGACUCAUUGAUCGGCCAUUCCGUGGUAAUGAUUUAAGCCAGGACGUGACAUUCUGACUUGUGAUCUCCUCAACUAAAAGUCCUUUUUAAAUGGAAAUGCAGUUUUAUCAUUUAUAGGCUCAUUACAUAUAGUAGUAUUAGCAUGUCAGGCCUAAUUUAGUUUUUUGUAAAAAAAAUUGACUUAUAAAGUGAAAAGUAAAAUGUACCAGGACGUGACGAAAAUGGACAUGACUUUUUUAACAUUGCAGUAAAUUCCAAAACUCUGCUCUCCUAGUAGAAUGUUUGCUUAUUGAAAUACACUGUUUAAUACAAUAUCCAGUCUAUUUCUAAAUGGCAUAUAGCAAUUUACUAAAAUAAUAUUCUUUAUGAUGUAACAUUUACUUUUUAAAAUUUCAGUACAAGCCAGGAUGUGACGAGCCAGAACGUGACUUUGUUCAGUUCACUUAUACAACUAAUAAAUGAUAUGUAUAUCAAAUACUACUUAUGAAAGCAAUGAUAUUUACUGGUUUUAAGUAUUUUUAUCAUCAAAAUAAGUGCAUAAAAUCCCAAUUAAUUGAUCUGUUGUUGUUCAAAAAAAAAUUAUCAUACAAUAUUCAUAUAAUAUACUUUUAUAACCAGUAACCAUAUCAUUUGUCAACAAGAUUGCUUAUCCUCAUGUUGCUAAGUCUGGUGAUUUUUGUCCUACCUGUACAAACUAAAAAGAUACACUUUUGCAUUUAGCUCAACAUUGAUUGUACAAAUGUAGCUUCAUUUCUCAUAAAUUACAUGUCCUGCAUCAGUAAAGCUUCAUUUAUAUUUCAAUCUAUGAAUGUUCUCCUCAAUGCAAGUCAAAAUUUGUUUUUCAAUUUUAUUAUUUAAAAAUUUUAAUUUAAUUUUUUGAAGUUUGAUUUAUUUUUAAUAUGCAUUGAGAUGGAUAUCUACAGAUGUACUAUCAAUGACACUGAAUAAGUUUAUGGUAGGCAAGACAUUUAAUUCUGAAGAAUUCUUGUUUGCAAUUUACCACGUUUUAGAAUUAAAAUAUAUUAUAUUUUGCCUUUUGCUGGUAUUUUUAUGAUCAUCUGAUUUAAUUGGAAUUCAAAAUAUGAACCCCAGUCAGUAUAGAAAUUAGUUUUUGAACAGUUUCUUCUUUCUGCCAACAAUGUAUAUUAAUAUAAACUGGUGAUGGUUGACAAUAGCAAAAAUCUCAACAACACAAUUGAUUUGAAAUCCUCCAACCCAAGUUUUAUGAUCAACAUGUAUCUUUACCAAUUACAUCUUUCACUGGAGGAAUGUUGGUUUAUAUAUAUUCUAAUUCAUGUUUGGAUACCCGUAUCUGCCAAGGAAUAAACUUAAGAUUUUAGCAGAACAUUCUAUUUGAACAAUUCUUUUACACAAUAUUUAUUGUAUGUGUACACCAGUUUGGAUUUACAAAAUGGAAAAUUUAAUAUAAAUACAAUAUUCCUUAAAUUGGUAGAUUAUCAAUAAUUCACUGUUUGGUCAAAACAUUUUUUUUUUUAUCAUAGUAUUUUUUUUAUCUACAUAAAUCCACGUUAAAAUAUUCGAACAUGCUCCCCCGAACAUCCACUUUCUCUGUUUCUGAUUCUUAAUGGUGAAGGCAAAAAUAUUGAAAAUAAAAGUAAUUUCUUUUAGGUACAUGUGCAUUAACUAGUCGGUUUUGCCAAUUUCUUUAUAUAGAGAUAUUUAAUAUAUUUUUAAUCUUUACUAAAUUUAACUUGCCAUCUUGAAUGUCACGUCCUGGCUUAAAGUUUGAGGUGGUUAUUUUAAUCAUUUAAUACAGUCAUCAUUAUACCUUUUAUUUAUACUUGGAACAUUGAGGAGAAGGAGGAUUAAAAAGGAUUUUUAUUUCUGAAAAAUAGUUUUUAUAUAAAACUAACUUUUAUAUGUCAAAUCAGCCAGGACGUGACAUUAUAUAUUUUGAAAAAAUAAUUUAAUAUACUAAUUAUGAUAUGAAAGAAGGCAAAGUAGUAUUUUCAUGUGUAGUAUAUUUUAGAUGUGAUGUCCUGAUACCUAAUUUUUAAAUUUGACAUAACAGUAAUGAAAUAUUACCAAAAAACAAAUGUCACGUCCUGGCUUACAAAAACUAUUUUUUUCCAAUAAAACCGUCAUUAAAACCCACAAAACAUAAGUAAAUUGGCAAUAAAAGUAUAUUUGUAUGAUCCAUAAGGGUGUUAACUUUAAGUUAUAAUAAAAACUUUGUUUAACAGAUCAUUUUGAAAUUUCCACACCCAUGGACUGGCCCUGAUAUGGAUUGACGAGUUGUUUAAAUGUUAGCAAUACAUGUAUUGAAUACAAAUAGUGAAAUAUUAAAUGUUUUAUGGUAAUUCUGUUGUUUUUUUAUAUUGUAAAUUAAUAAAAGGUUUGAAGUAAGCAAA